CUCGGCCAGGCUCACGUUGGAAUGCAGGGGGUCGGCACUCGAUACGGGCAUCAGCGAGAUAAGCACUUGACUGCGCGGCAAGUGUGCACUCCGAUGCAUGAUGCACUGGAAUCUACGGGCAUGGCAAGUUUCUGCGAGAAUGCUUUGGGGCGGCCUGUACUGUGUUUGGUCAGCGUCCCCAACCAAGUCACGCGUCGUCUGUCUGUGCUAUGCUGAGCCUUCGAGGGCCCCGGGGUUUGUCACCUCGCUAAAGAAACCAGGCGGUCUGUGGGGGAAGAAGAAGAACCUUGUAGGCACGCCGGAGAUGAUGAGGACUUAAACAGGAUAGUACAGGGUAUUCGGGUACCUCGUUGUACACUAUCUCCUGAUGAGGGCCGAGAAAAGUCUCCGGGACGUAGGCUAUGGGAAGUACGCAGGCCCUCGC